AUGUUCGAUAGUUCAGUGUUACGAGAUGGACAUUUGUUGCGAAAGAUUCCAUGGUUCCCUCAAGAAUUCGACCUCUCACCAGGGUAUGUGCUUUGGUAUGGUGCUGGACGACAGCACCUUUUUGCAAGAUUUCGAGAAGACAUACGAACAUUCAAGGAUAUUCAAUUCUUUUUCUCACUUGAUUCAUUGGGUCGUUUCUGGUCAUUACUUUUGCAAAGCUCUGCAUUUUGUUCCUUCUUACAAUUUCUGGCAGCAGGUGCGAUGAUAGGUGACGAUAUAAUCGUGUCAAAACGCCCUGGAGUUGUGGUUGUGGUUGGCGAGCGACGAUUGCUGCAAUCGGACUGCAGAGAUGAAUAA